AUGAGGACCAUAGAGUUAAAAAAAGAACUUAUCGCCAAGUUUGAAAGCGGCACACGUGUGUCCGACCUGGCUACUCAGUACAACAUGGCCAAGUCCACCAUAUCCACCAUUUUGAAAAAGAAAGAAGCCAUUAAAGCUGCCGAUGUUGCAAAAGGAGUAAAAACGCUUACAAGCAGGAGACCUUGUCGAAUGGAAGAUGUUGAGAAACUUUUGCUUCAGUGGGUCACUGAGAGGCAACAGAGGGGCGAAAAAGUGUCGGAGCCUAUUAUUUGCGAGCGGGCCCGUCAGCUGUACAGUGAUCUGACUCGUGACAGCCCCGGGGACAGCGCAGAUGACUUCAAGGCGAGCAGGGGCUGGUUUGAAAACUUUAAAAAGAGAAGUGGGAUCCGCUACGUGGUCAGGAAGAGAGAAACUCUUCGUGCCGAUAAAGAAGGUGCCAAGAAAUUUGUGGAAGAGUUUCAGUCAUUUGUCGGGAAGGAAGGAUUUCUACCCCAACAAGUGUUCAACUGCGACGAAACAGGUCUCUUUUGGAAGAAGAUGCCUAAAAGGACAUACAUUACUCGGGAAGAGAAGAGCCUACCAGGACACAAGCCUAUGAAAGAUAGGCUGACUCUUUUACUUUGCACUAAUGCUAGCGGAGACUUAAAAGUCAAACCUCUACUGGUGUACCACUCUGAGACACCAAGAGCUUUUAAAAAGAACAAUGUGCAGAAGAACAAGCUCAAUGUUAUGUGGAGGUCCAAUCCCAAAGCUCUGGUCACACAACAGUUCUUCACAGAGUGGUUCCAAGAGGUGUUUGCUCCCAGUGUAGCGGAAUACCUGGUGGAGAAAAAUCUACCGCUCAAGGCCCUUCUAGUCCUAGAUGCCGCGCUAGCUCAGCCAACAAGCUUGGGAGAAGAUUGGUGUACUGACCAGGACUUCAUUGCAGUGAAGUUUUUACCGCCUAACACCACACCUCUGCUACAACCCAUGGACCAACAUCUCAUCUCCAACUUCAAGAAGCUCUACACAAAAGCACUUUUCCAACAGUGCUUCGAAGUGACCAUGGAGACCAAUCUUACCUUGAGAGAGUUUUGGAAGGACCAUUUCAACAUCCUCCACUGCUUGACUGUCCUGGAAAAAGCCUGGGAUCAAGUCACCAAAAGCACGGUGCAAUCAUCUUGGAGGAAAUUAUGGCCGGCCUCCAUGGUACCCAGGUUCUUUGAAGGCUUCGAGCCAGAUCCUGCUCUCGAAACGGACGUGGUGGAUGAGAUCGUGUCCCUUGGCAAGUUCAUGGGACUGGAGGUAGACAGCGAUGACGUGGAGGAACUGGUUGAAGAACACACCCUUGUGCUCUCCACUGACAACCAGCAGGACAGUCCCCAACAGGUUGUAACUGAGGUCACGUCGUCCGAGGAGGAAGACGCCAACUGGAACGAUAACAUUCCUACCACAGAAAUCAAGGAGCUGCUGGGCUACUGGGCAAAGACCCAAAGUCUGGUGGCUAAGUGGCACCCUAGCAUCGCCGUGGUGAAAAGGAAUAUCAACCUGUUCGAUGGCAACGUGGUGGAGCACUUUCGAACCAUCUUAAAAAGUCGCAAAAGGCAAGCAGCGUUGGACAAUAUCUUCUCCAAAGAAGAGGCGAGUGGUGGAAGCAGCAGUAGUGGGAGUGAGCUGCAAGCAUCCAUCAGUGGAGUUAAGAGGAGAAAGAAGGACUGCACGCUGGAAGGUGGCUUGGAUCGGGUCCUUACAGAUGAGGACUUGCCAUUCGUGGAGUGA